UCUUUCCUGUGGGCAUGAUAGUCCACCAACAACGUCAUCUUUUUUUUUUAAGUUAACAUUUUGCUUGUUUUUAAAGUAAUGGAUACUUAGUAUUUUACAAAAUGGGCAGAACCAAAAUGUAGAGUGAAAAAAGGUCUCAUUCCUAGUACUACCUCUGGAGAUAAGUUCUGGAAGUGAUAUGCAGAAGACAUUGUAUAGCGAAUACCCCAUCAUUGUAGAGUGUCUGGCAUGUGGCAGGGUGAAAGGAAGUAAUAAUAACUUUAUGGUCCCUUCACAUCCAGAUUCUUUCUUCCUAAGCUCUUUGAGCAAGAGUGUGAUUCUGAUUGUCGCUGCACACUCUUCAGGGUGUCAAACAGCGCCACCAGGAAAGAAAGACCUAACCCCUGGGCCUCCCUCCACAGCAAUGUCGGAGCUCAGCGAUGAAGCCAGUGAGCCAGAACUCCUGACUCGCAGCUUGUCCAUGUGGCAUGGGCUGGGUGCGCAGGUCAGCUGCGAGGAGCUGGCUGUCCCCUUGGAUCUCCACACAGCAGCUUCCAUCGGCCAGUAUGAAGUGGUGAAGGAAUGUGUUCAGCGGAGAGAGUUAGAUUUGAAUAAGAAGAAUGGUGGUGGCUGGACCCCGCUGAUGUAUGCCUCCUACAUUGGACACGAUACCAUCGUGCACCUGCUGCUCGAGGCGGGGGUGAGUGUGAAUGUGCCGACCCCAGAAGGGCAGACUCCACUGAUGCUGGCUUCCAGCUGUGGCAACGAAAGCAUCGCCUACUUUCUCCUCCAGCAAGGUGCUGAGCUAGAAAUGAAAGACAUUCAAGGCUGGACUGCGCUCUUCCACUGCACCAGCGCGGGACAUCAGCAGAUGGUCAAGUUCCUUUUGGACAGUGGGGCAAAUGCCAACGUGAGGGAACCAAUAUAUGGAUUCACUCCUUUGAUGGAAGCAGCUGCAGCUGGCCAUGAAAUAAUUGUGCAGUAUUUUCUGAAUCAUGGAGUCAAAGUGGACACAAGAGACCACAGUGGAGCCACAGCCCGAAUGCUGGCCAAACAGUAUGGACACAUGAAGAUAGUGGGGUUGAUAGAUGCUCACUCCCUUUCUUUGCCCAAGAGCCUGUAUCGGAGCCCAGAAAAAUAUGAAGACCUGAGCUCUUCAGAUGAAUCCUGCCCUGUUCCUCAGAGACAGAGGCACUGUCGGAAGAAGGGCCUCAGCAUCCAUGAGGGGCCUCGGGCCUUGGCCAGGAUCACAGCUAUUGGCCUCGGGGGCAAGACCCAGCCUUCUUGCUACGAGCAGGUGCCUCCACAAGGCUAUGUCACCUUCAACAGCAGUGAUGAGAACCUCCUGGUAGGAGAGGGUCUCUGCUACAGGGAUGUCACCUCCCCCAUCAAUGAUCGGGAUGUGGAAAGCAGCAGCAGCAGCAGCCGGGAAGAGCAGGCCUUCUGUGCCCACCUCGGGGCUGUGCAGAGCAGCAGCAGCAGUGAGGGCCUGGCAAGAGCCCCAGGAAUCAGCAGCGAGGCCUCUUUGGAGAGCAAUGAGGAUUCAGAUAAUGCACAUAAAAGCUCAGUUCGCAAACAUACGAAAACUUAUAUGAAGACCAAGAAUCGCCACAGCAACAGUGAAAACCAGUGGCCUCCCAGCACAGGGACUUCCGGGACAGCCUAUUCGCCAGGAUCUACCUCCCAAACUGAGAGGUUUCCCUAUUCAGGACCCCAGGACCUUGCCACACUGCUAGAACAGAUCGGGUGUCUGAAGUACCUGCAGCUGUUCGAGGAACAGGAUGUGGACCUUCGAAUCUUCCUGACCCUCACUGAGAGCGACCUAAAGGAAAUUGGUGUCACAUUGUUUGGACCCAAGAGGAAGAUGACUUCUGCCAUUGCCCGCUGGCAUAGCAGUGCCCGCCCCCCCAGUGAUGCUCUGGAGCUGGCCUAUGCUGACAGGCUGGAAGCUGAGAUGCAGGAGCUUGCCAUCCAGCUGCACAAACGCUGUGAGGAGGUGGAGGCCAUGAAGGGCCAGGUGUCCCAGGAGCAGGAGCUGCGGGCUGUGGUGGAGAGCUGCCUCCUGGAACAGGAUGGCACCCGCAAGGACAUCUUUGCCCAGCUGCAGGAGACCUGGGCCCUGGCUCAGGACGCUGCUCUCAUCCUAGACCAGCUGCGAGCCUGUCAGGCUGAGCUGUCAGCCCGAGUGAGGCGAGACGAGUUCCCUCUUGGGGCUACCCUGGGCCCAGCCCUCCCCACAGCUGGUAAGGAGAGCAGUGUCCUGGCCCAGGACUGGGCAGAAAUGCCUCCUCAGGCUGGGUUUUACUACUUGUCUCAGCACUUACCACAUUUACACUCCCAGAUCCUUGUGAACACAAUCCCAGACUCCAGGGUGAGGGCAGCCCUGCCCUCCCCAGCUCAUUUCCUUCCUGUCCCUCCUGAUGGUGGGAGGCAAUGCCUUUGGGCUGUGGCUGACUGUUCUGUCCAAGAUCUCAAGUGAUUUCUCCAGCCUCCAGUUGGAGUCUGGGCUGGACUUGCAGACCCCAGAGCACAGCCUCACGGGAGGGUUUCAUUCCUGGGGCUGGGCCCUAACCAGUAGUUAGUGCUUUGGUCAGCAAGCAGAACACAUUUUGAUAUAACAAGGGGGCCACACAGGCACUGACAGCUGUGUGGGUCUCCUGGUCACAGCGGCUCAGCAGAGGCAGGGCUUGUGUGCACACAGGCCACAGGCUCACCCAGCCCUGCCCCACAGAUUCCAAAGACUGGCAGGCCUCCCUGCAAGCCCUGAGCCUCCCUGAACUGUCACAAGCAUUGGAGGAU